CUCCGCCACUGCACUGAAACGCUCGCGGGAACUGACUGACGGGUGCAGCGAACCAUAGGCAAUCUAUUUUGCAUGGCCUUUACUUUAAAAGCCACUUGUCAAAACUUUGGAAAUGUUCGGAUGCGAUCGUAAAACUUAAAUGGACUUUUUAAAUGUUUAAGGCUGAACAAUAAUGAAUAUCUGGAUAAUUAUUGAUUAGUGAUUGCAGGAGUUCUCAUCAGGAACCCCUGGUUGGAGUUUCAGCUAUGUUUGGACUUCGGCUGCUUUCACUUCUGGCAUGUGUUACCAUGGUAACGGGUGAUGACAAUUUUAAUGAAACUUUUCACGUCUAUCGACUGGACUCUACAGUAAUAACCUAUGAGUAUCCAUGGCAGCCUUCUUCGGAAUGCUUCUACGACCAACGUUUAGAUAUGCUUACAUGCGUGAAAAAUCAUCCAUAUGCGAAUGUAACAUCAGUAUGGAAAGAAUCACCAGAAGAUGUCUUAUACAUAAGCGUGAACUGCCUUUCACGAGGACAAUACCGUAAAAAUGCAUGCAUUUGCAAGUCUUCAGCGGCUAGUUCAAAGGAUGGCUCCGAUAGGGAGUCGUAUAUUCCUUGUCAGCUGAGGCGAUUAGACGAAGGUAUCUUAAAACGUCUGGUUAAUUUAGAAGUUGUUGAUCUGUCGUUUAAUCAAAUAACAACAGUCUCUCGGCGGGCAUUUACUGGAUUAAAGAAAUUGAAAUAUUUAUCGCUUAACAAUAACAUGAUAAAAGAAAUACCGUCAGGACUUCUCUGUCAGACUCCAAACUUGGAAUAUUUGGGAUUUAGUGAGCUUGUUUUGACUUCGUAUCCAGAUCAGAGUUUUAGAUGUAAAGGAAAUUUUACCAGUUUGAAAGUGAUGGAAAUAAGAGGAGGAAAAUUUACAGAUAUACCAGACGAUGCUCUGGACCAUCUGCCUGCGCUGCAGUCGUUAGAUUUGAGUUUUACUCACAUCACGCAAGUAAAGAAAAGGGCUUUCUCCGGAAGUCGUUUCUUAGAAUUUUUAGACUUGUCGAAUUGCAACAUAUCUAGUAUAUUUCCAUAUUUCUGCGAUUAUUUACCACAUAUUUCACGCCUGUAUUUGCAUGACAACAAUUUUACGACAUUUGAUUUUACGACAGUCGAAAAAUGUUCUUCCUUGACCCACCUUGACCUUUCUUCAAAUUAUAUUGGUACGUUGUCAGGUAAUAUGACUCAUUUGAAGGCACUAACCGCGAUUAAUCUAGGGUUUAAUAGACUUGAAUAUUUAAACAUGACUUUUAAAGGGCUAGACAAUCUGACUGCCUUUUUCUUAACUCACAAUAAUUUAACAACCCUGCAUGAUCACAUGUUUGAGGGGUUGCUUAAUUUGAUUAUUUUGGAUAUAUCAGGAAACAGAAUCAACGAUAGCACAAACUUUGAUUCCGUCUUUGGUGACCUUGAAAAUCUGCACUUACUUGACCUUAGUUUCAACAAUAUUAAUACGGUUUCAGACAAAGCCUUUUCAAGCUUACAGACAUUGAAGCAGUUACUUCUUAAUCAAAAUUCUUUAGACAAACUACAGCCAUUAUCGUUUAAUGGUCUCACUUCUCUCGACCAUCUAAGUUUGGACAAUAACCGUCUGUCAACACUUCCAGACGACAUUUUCAAGCCGUUUAUAUCCGAAAAUGAAACAAUCCUGAGUCAUUUGACGAUGAGCUACAAUAAAUUGUCAACAUUAUCAAACAUUGCCAACUGGCCAAAAACUAAAUAUCUUGAUAUAUCAAAUAAUAAUUUAGAGUCAGUACCAUCAGCUUUAGAUUAUUCAAAAAUGGAAGUGCUCAAUGUUUCACACAACAAAAUUGUGUCGUUCUUUGGAAAACAAGAAAAUCUGAUAGCUGACUUUGCAAGCAUGACUUCAAUCGACUUAUCAUAUAACGCUAUAGUUGAUAUUGACACGACUAAACUCCGUACAAUGACCAACCUGACUCAUAUGAACGCCGAAAGUAACAAACUGGAUUUUGUUCUCAACAGUGCAACCUUUAAAAGCAUGGGAAACUUGAAGGAUUUGAACCUAGCAAAUAACAGUAUUCAUUCUAUUGAUAACCCUUUCAGUGCGGGUUCAUUGCAAAAUCUUACUGUUCUGAAUAUUUCAAGGAACUUGAUACAAAAUUUAGGCAAUUUGUCGCAGAAUUACAAUGGAUCGAUGCUAGAAACAGUUGACAUGUCAAAAUGUAAUAUUUCAACUAUUGGAGAACACACGUUCCGAGGUUUACUCAAACUUAAGAGUGUGGAUCUGCGUGAAAAUGUUAUUGAAACUUUCCCGCCAUUUUUGGCCGAUGUAUCAACAAACUAUAAUAUUGUCGAUAAUCCUUUACUUUGUGCAUGCAACAUGUCUUGGUUGAAAGAAAUGUAUGUAAACUUUACGGAGGAAAGUAAAAAGGUUCCAGUAGCUAAUUAUAAAGUUUCCAAGUGUAGAGUUUAUACUGAACAAGCUGUGUACAUUCCAACGGAUUUAAAGCGUCAGCAAUUUCUGUGCCCGGAUGUAGAUGAUUGUGACUCGCAAUGCUCGUGCUUUAAAACAAAUUUGAACGGAAACAUUACAAUUAUUGAAUGCCGUCAUAACUUAAGUGUCAUGCCAAAGUUGUCCCCGAAAGCGCUUUCUAUAUUUCUGGACGGAAAUGAUUUUGUUGAAAGGACAUCGCUGUCAGAAUUGUUGAAUUUAACGGAAAUGGAAGCCAAAGAAUUAUAUAUGAAUAAAAGUAAAAUAUCAUACUUAAAAUCGGAAUACUUUUCUUCAUUUGGGCGGCUAGAAAUUUUAGAUCUUGCUUUUAAUCUAUUGACAACUUUGCCGUCUGGAAUAUUUGAAUCUCAGACAAUGCUCAAGCAAUUGUAUAUGAAUGACAAUUUAUUACAAACAAUUGAAGUAAACGUGUUUAAUAAUUUAUACAGCCUCAAAGAACUUGAUAUAAGUGGAAACAAUUUGGUGGUCUUAUCACCUACAACUGUAACAGAGCUAUCUGAUUUGGACUAUAUGAGAUAUUAUUUUCUUGCACGAAAUAAAUGGACUUGUGGCUGCGCAAACCUUGGUUUCAAAGACCUGGUUGAUGACGUGCAGAAUAAAAUACGUGAUAGAAACUCACUUGUCUGUGAACAAGGAACCUUGAAGAAAGAAAUACGAUACAUGCCUAGAUCUGAUUUUCUUUGUUCAGUCAAAGACAACUCAAAAGAUUCAAAGAAAACGAUUUUUAUACUUGUUAUUGUUGUUAUUUGUAUAGUGUUGAUUUUGUUGGCUCUGUUUGUAUACUUCAGACGUGAAGUGUUGUCUGUUUUGUAUUAUUUAACCGGAUGUCACAUACCUGGUAAAGCCAGAUAUAUCGGAGUUCAGUUUGAUGCAUACCUGACCUUUGAUCCUGCCGACCAGCACUGCUCUACUUACGUUCAAACCAUACUGAUGCCAAAAUUGAAAAACAAUUCUUUUAAUAUUCAGACAUCAUCAGAUGUGAUUCAAGACUUGGAAGUCACCAGAAAAGUGAUCGAGGACAGCCGCUGUACUAUAUUCAUUAUAGACAAAAAUUUUGCGACAAAUUCAUUUCUGUUGGACACAUUUCUUAUAGCUACUGAGAGACACAGAGCUGAGAAACGUCAUAGAGUCAUAAUAAUUAUACACGGUGACAUUGACCUUUUAACAUUAGAACCGGAACUUCUGAAGCGCAUGCGCAAGGGAGAUUACAUAACGGCUAGAUCAAAACUCUGGUGGCAGAGACUAGUUUAUGAACUUCCGGAGCAGAAUUCUGGUUUCCGGCAUGGGUUAGAGAAUGAUGAAGAUGAUGUAGUUGUUUUCAGUUCACUUGCCGAGGACCAGAGCAAAUAUCAACAGUUUUAAUAAAU